UGGAUGCCUCCUUGGAGCACUGAAACCGCAGUGGCUUUCCACAAAUUUCAUAAGUUUUUGAUAGGUCAUCUUCUCAUUCUGAUGCUGAUCCUUCCACCACAACUGCACUUAUGGAGUCCGCCAUUUUCAAUCAUUUGAAGGGGAUGUUGGUUGACUUGAUACUGGAGUUUCAGAGAUUGGUCCCUGUCAUUGUUUCUUUUAUUGACCGUUUGUUGGGCUGCCAAAAGCAUCUUUGGUUGGGAGAGCGCCUGCUUCAGACAAUUGAUGCAAAUGUACAUCCUAGAGUCGUAAUUGACUAUAGACUAGUUUCGUACUUCCCAAUUUUUGAUAGAAUUGCUGAAAAUCAAACAAUACCUCCACGUAGGUUGUUAGAGCUGCUAACCAAAUUCAUGGCUUUCCUUGUUGAGAAACAUGGCCCAGAGACUGGUGUGAAGUCUUGGUCUCAGGGUAGUAGGGUCCUUGGCAUUUGCAGAACCAUGCUGACCCACCAUCAGAGCUCUCGAUUAUUUCUUGGUUUAUCCCGUCUCCUUGCAUUCACCUGCCUCUACUUCCCCGAUUUGGAGGUCCGUGACCAUGCAAGGAUCUACAUGAGGAUGCUGAUUUGUGUACCCGGAGUCAAGCUUAGAGGAAUGUUGAACCUUGGAGAGAAACUCCUUGGUAUUUCCCCAUCAUCUCAUUCUGUAUCAUUCUUCAGCGUGCCAUCUCCUCAACAUUAUCCGGAUGUCAAGAAAUCUAAGAACAUUUCAUCCUAUAUCCUUCUUGAACGGGUGAUAACACUACUUGUCAAACAAUCUCGGUCGUUGUCUUUAUUACCUAUAGGGGUCGGGAGUAGCAUACUGUAUUUUUCAGGUGGCUUUAGGGAUACUGAAGCCUCGACAGAUGAAAGAGAGCUCGAUGCCGAUAUUCAUUUUCAGACUAUAUCAGAAGACAAGAGAAUUAAUAAACCAGAGGCACCACUGUAUGUGAUGGACUCAAAAGUUUCGGAUAUAUUGGAGAUAUUAAGGAGACAUUUCUCAUGUAUUCCUGAUUUUAGACAUAUGCGAGGGCUUAAGGUUAAAAUUCCAUGCUAUUUGAGAUUUGAGUCAGAGCCUUUUAAUCAUGUAUGGGGAGGUGAGUCCUCAAAGAAUGGGUUACAUGGUGUAGAUGCCCUCCCUGCCAUAUAUGCAACGGUGUUGAAAUUUUCAUCACUGGCUCAAUACGGGUCUUUACCAUCUUGUCACGUACCUUUUCUUCUUGGUCAACCUCCGGUCAGUGGUUUACCUGCUGAAACUGAUUCACUAGACAUCGUUGCUAAGCACGAUGAUUUUGGUGAAGAAAUCUAUAAAGCUCCUACAAUGAUUGAGCUGAAAGCACGUGAGCCAACACCUGGUGUCGUUGAUGUUUUCAUUGAAACAAACGGGGAAGAUGGUCAGAUCAUCACCGGCCAGCUGCAAAGUAUUAUGGUGGGCAUUGAAGACUUAUUUCUCAAAGCUAUCGCCCCACCAGAUAUCCAGGAGGAUAGUUUACCUGAUUAUUACUCAGACUUGUUCGAUGCUUUGUGGGACGCAUGUGACACUACUUCCAAUACCGGACGGGAGACUUUCCCCCUAAAGAAUGGCAAGGGGUUUGCGGCUGUUAAUGGAACGAGAUCUGUGAAGCUGCUUGAAAUUCUUCCGGAUUCUCUAAUCCAUGCUACCGAACGUUAUCUGACACCAUUUGUUGUAAGCGUAAGUGGUGAGCGUCUUGUUAACAUGGUAAAGGAGAGAGGAACUAUCAAGGACAUCAUAUGGAAAGAUGCGUCUCAGGCCUUUUGCUUGAUGCUACCUCCUCGGGGACCAAUCAAGACACUAUGCCUCUCUAUCUUACUUUUGUCGAAAAUGAAGACGAGCAGGAAAGCCAGUUAAACAUCGGCAAAAGAAGUAUGGGUUGCAUCCUAGUCUUGAUUUUCCUUCCCCCGAAGUUCCAUCUCUUGUUCCAAAUGGAAGUAAGUGAUGCUUCAACUUUAGUUCGUAUUAGAACCGAUCACUGGCCAUGCUUAGCUUACAUUGACGAUUAUUUGGAGGCAUUGUUUCUGUAGUAGAAGCCUACAAUGGAAAAUUGCAGUUUGAGGAUACGAGAAAAAAGUUAAAUCCGUUUAGAAUCCAAACUUCAAACCUGUCGGAUGCCAUUUUUUUUAAAGGUGACUGCAUGAAUCAAUCAAGUUAAGUUCAAGAUUUCACUGCAUGCACUUAAUAGAAGAUGCUGGAAUUUGAUAUUUAGACCUAUUAGAUGUCAUUUUUCAAAGGUGGUUUCCUGAACCAAUUGAACUGAACUUUGAGUUUCACCGCAUGCACUUAAUGGAAGACAUUGGAAUUCGAACCCAAAAGCUUGUGGGUGCCGUUAUAUGAAGGUGAUUGCAUGAGGUUAAACUUCGAGUUUAAGUGCCUGCACUUAAUGGAAGAUGUUGGAUGAACCAAUCGGGUUAAACUUCGAGUUUCAUUGCAGACACUUAACAGAAGAUGUUGGAACGCAAAUUUCAGCUUGUUAAAUGCAGCAUUUUAGAGGUGAUUGCAUGAAUAAAUUAAACUUGGGAGUUUCAUUGCAUGCACUUGAUAGAGCUUGUAAAAUUUUCUGCACAUGUUCAAGUUCUAGUUGAUGUUAUGUGCAUUAUGUUAUGAAGGGAACUU